AUGUUAUAUGAUAGAUGUAUACGACAAAUGAUAUUAUUAAUAACAAAAUUAAUGGAAAAUACAAAUCAAACAAUUGAUAAACAAGUUAAUUAUUUAAUAAUUUAUUCAAAUUAUUUAUCAAAUAAUACAAUGGAUAUUGGUUCAAUAAAUUUACCACGAAAAUGUCAAAUAACAUCUUCAAAUUCAAAUGCAACAUCACUGGAAAUUUUAAUAGAAUCAAAUAAUAAUCUUCAAACAAGAAGAAUAACAUCAUCAUCACGUUGUUUACGUUCACCACCAUGCUCAUAUAGAUAUUUACCUAAUGAACAACCUUCUACAUUAACAUUACAAUUUUGA